UACAGUGAGAUGUUUGCUUGGAGACGAACAGCUAUACAAAUGUGACAGAUUUCCAAACGCUUCUAAAUACCAAAUAAUUAACAUGGCUGCUUUAAGGAAAGAAGGAAGCUCUCCUAUAAUAACCGCAGCCGUAAGCUGCUCCCGCUUGCGACAGGUCCAGGCACUGUUGAGGGAUGAUGUUAAUACCGCUCCAGAUGGCAUCCUCUGUUCCCUGGGUAUUGACAGCCGCUACAAUGAUGGCUGCAGCGAGCUAGCCAGCUACCUUUUCUGUGGCCUAUAUAAACGGAACCAUUUUGACAUGGAGCAGGUCCCAGAGGACUUUCCAGAAGAGGAUGUGCUAGAUGAUGUGGUCAUCCUUAUUAAGGCAGAGUGUGUGCAUCUGUACUGCAACCCUGUGAAUUAUGGCUACCUGCUUCCAUAUGUAUCUCACUGGAGGAAUCUGCACCUCCACUGUCUGACUGAGACAGAGUAUGAGGAUGAAGAGGCAGCAGAGGAAUUUAAGAUUUCAAGCUUUGUGUCCAUGGUUCAAGACUGCCAUUGUAUUGGAAUCCCCUACAGUUCCCAUGGCCAUGUUCAGACCUUUGACAUGUUUAUGUUGGAGAAAUGGCCUCUCAUUCAGGCAUUUGCACUAGAAGGAAUAGGUGCUGGAGUGUUUUUCACCAUGAAAUACAAGCUGACAGAUGUGAGUCAGAGACUCUGGCAAGUCUAUAGCAAAUUAGACCCAGUGUCCUUAGACAAGCUUCUCAAUGAGGACCUGCAGCAGUUUGAAAGACAGUGGAGCUGCCUGUUCUCCAGUAUGGAAAUAGAGAGUGCACUGUCCAUGCAGGAACUGUCAGAGGCCCAAGUUGCAGAGCCUUUCAGAACAUAUUAUUCGCAUGGUCUCAUUUCCAGCAAUAUCACAGACACGAGUAAAAGUAGGCAGCCGUUUGUCUUGUUUGGGAGUCACUCAGCUAAGGAAGAUCUGGAGAAUUACUGUUUCACCUUCCCCUCUGAAGGCCACCAGGUCCGCAACACUGGGCUCAGUGGGGGCGUCACCAAACACAUGCUGCUACAGUGCGUGGCCCCAAAAGGGCCACUGGCCUGUGCUCGAACCUAUUUCUUUGGAAGCUCUCACGUCCCAUACCUGGGAAAUGACAACACCCAGCAGAAGAGCACUGAGCUCCAGCUGCUUUCACAAAUCUACUCAGCUGCAGUUCAGUCUGUACUGGCAGGAAUCAAAUGUUUUUCCAUCAACUCCAGUGCUAGUAAGGCAAAGGAUGUAGCAGAGCAAACAUUUCAGCUGGCCUUGGACAAAUUUGGGUUGAUUCAGUACAAGGGAGCUCUCAGGUCCAAAGCAGUGUUUAACAUACAGGCGGUGAACAAUGUUGGAAUAAUUAUUCCACUCAGUGAUGAGGACAGUCGCUUUCUGGUUAAAACUGCUUCCAUGGUGGUGUAUGAUAUCCCAGAACUCCAGUGUGGAAGAAACCUGGGAUCAGUAGUUUUCUCUGAGUCCUUUCUAGACUCCAGUGUUUACAUUCAGCAGAGAGAUGGCGCGCUUUCCUCAGACUGCUGUUUUACUGUGCUCACCUCCUCAGUUCCUCGCCAUGUCUGCUGGCUGGUGGAUGAGGCUGAUGUGCGAAUGUCUGAACAGGCUCAGACUAUGCUGAAGGAAGUGAAUAGUACAUGUUUAGGCAUUCCUCUGACAGUGAGAGACUCUGCCUAUAUGUUCUCCAACAGCCUGCUGUCUACACCUGAGGAAGGGAAGCUGGUGUUUUUCUCUGAGGGUAUCCUGUUUGUACAUCCACAUCAUGGCUCCAUCACACUCUCUAUGAGUCAUAUCGACACCAUUAAACUCCAUGAUGAGGGCUCUUUGUCUGAUAUGUCAAUGCUGUUUAUAGAGUAUCAGACCUCUCUGCUACCACACCUUCCAUUCCCUUUGCACAGCAAUGAGCACUCUCUGGCUAUUGCGCUACUGCCCAGAACCAAGAGCUACAAAAGCUUCUAUUCACAGGUCCUGCCAGCUUGGCGUAAGUCAGACUCUGGGCUGAGAGUGCAACAUGUUCUACAUGAUCAGCUGAGCCCUGAGCACAAGAGCAUGUACUUCAGGCUGUUGAAGCUUCAUGAGACACAUGCUCCAGCAGCAAUUAGCCACAAAGCUGUUCUGAAGACUGCUUAUCCACUGCUACCAGAGCAGGAAAGGUUCCAACUGCAUUUUGCCAUCAGCAGUAGUGUGGGUGAAGAGUCUGUCUGUAGCGACCACCUGUCUACUGUCUUUUCAGACAUAGUGUCUGACAGCACCAAACCUGAAUCCAAAAAAAAGGUGGUCCUCACGGUCAUUGCAGGCUUGCUGGGCAGUCAUAAGGAGAAUCUGUGUAAUUUCUUGAUGGAAGUGAAUCAGAAAAGUGCCAGAUGGGAGGUGUUUUGCCCUACUUUGGAGCGCUCAGAGGAGUUCAGUGCACCACAUCUGCAGAGGUUCCUAAGCAGCCUUGUGGCAAAACAGAGAGAUUACUCCUCCAGAGUUCUGCUGCUUAUACCAGGGUACACUGAUGUGCUGGAUGUAAUCCAAACUAUCACGGCUCAUCCAGACCCCCUAGUUCACAGCCGAAUAACAGUUGGUGCCAUCUCAGCCUGUGUCAACCCACUCACGUCCUUCAUUAAACACAGGCUUCUCUUCCCAAAACUACUGGAGCAGUGCAGUCAUGGAAUUGUCAGCAAUGUUGUCUUCACGGGUUUGACUACCGAGCAGAAGCACCCACUUCUGAAACACAUGCAGCAGCUGGUCCGGGCAGCCAAUCCCAGAACAGCAUUUAUCUUAGCAGAGAAAGGGGCUGUCAGAAGGACUGAAGACAUGAGGCUUAUCCUGAAUGACAGCAGUUUCUCACAGUCUCAUAUGAUCAAUGCACGAUACCUACUGUAUCCUGGCUGGUGGGAAGGCAGGUUUGUGUCUGGAAGUGGCUUUUUGUCUAUGUCUCAGCACUGUAUUGAGUUCAGUCGUCCAUUGGAGAGAGCAUUAUUUCUGCAGAACUGCAAAGGUACAUCUCUGAAAUCCUCUCUCAAACCCAGCCCUUUCACAGGAAACAUCUAUCACAUAAGUGGGAAAGUGCUGUUUUCAGACAAUGACAGACUGAUGGUAGUUAACUGUAACUCUAUCAGUGGGAAUGUGACCAUUGCCACUGAUCAAGGGACUCAACAUGUCUCAUGGACAACAGAGAACUGUUACCUAAUGUUUCAUGGAGUGGGGCUCACCCAGGAGGCCCUGAAAGACUGGCUCCGGCAUUCUGCCAAACAGAAAGUGCCAAAGAAGUUAAAGAAGAACCACAGAACGCUGACCCCACAGGAGAUCAAAUACAUUCAUGUGAAAAGGCACCUGGAUCCUCUCCCUCCUGGUUACUUCUACAACGGUCAUCACUUUGUCAGUUUCUAUGGAGAGAAACAGAAUUUCCAUCCUCUGAUGGACCAGUUCAUAGAGGAAUACGUGCAGCAGGCCAAUAAGGAGAUUGAGUGCUUCAACAGAGAGGUGGACCUUCAGCCACAUGCUGACCUCUUUGACCCUUAAUCCCCUCAUCUGACAAAUUCACUUGCUGGGGGGGAAAUAUACAUUUUCAGAUCGAGGGAAGGGAAGGAUUUAGCUCACAGCCAUAAAUGGAAUAAAAAAAAUCAAGGCCUGAUGAGAGAUAAUUGCCCAAUAUGCCAUGACUGUAAAUAGUACCAAUGAGAAAACUGAAAUGUAAUUCUGCAGCAUAAAAACUGUAAUGCAAGGCCUGUGUAAAGCCAAGAAAUGUAAUCUAAUGUCUCAUCACAGAUGGGUCAGACAUUCCACUAAAUUCCACUAGUUUUCUGUCUUUAUGACGAGAUCAGUGAUCAAGUCCACACAUUCCUUAGAUACAAAGGAUCCCCCCAGAUUGUGUGUCUUUGGCAGUGUACAUAUUGGUGAUACUCCAUUGUGAUGAGUCCUCCCUGCAAUGUUGCAUAUCGCCUUAAAAUUAGCCUUGGUUGUCCCACUGUAAUUCCAGUGCCUAGCAGACAUAUUGAGCUGAAUUUUAAUUAAGUUUGUGAGUGAGGCUGAAUGUGAUUAAACAGGCAGAGGGCUCAUUUCCAGCCACGUGCAUCUGGAAAGGCAGGUGCACUGCACCUGCCCUCAGUCAGCUUCUUUAUAUCUGUCCACUCCCGCUGCGAAGAUCAAGGCUGAGGAUCUCUCAUCUGCUGCAGAUCUUAAGUACACACUGUAGUUCUUUUUCCAGCCAUUCUGAAACGAUCAACUAACACUGCAGUACUUAAAGCACACAACCCCAUUUUGGGAGAGGGGGUCAAGGGUAUGGGUUUAUCGGGGUAUAAUUCAAGAGGGUUGAUGGAGGGUUAUUAGGGGUACUAAUUUGUUCUUAAUCAGAUUGAGUAUUUGAUGUUGGGUUGGUGUGUAGCACCAGAGAUUGGUUUGGUGGGUUUGUGUUAAGCCUGUUCUUGCCGAGUCUUUAUUGGUAAUAAGGCAUGGCUGUACUGAAGCCUGUACUGGCAGAAGCAGAGUUAGUGUGUGUUUAUCUCACCUCCAUAGAAGCUGAUCUGUACUGUACUAGAUCCGUACUGUUCAGUAUUAUGGUCAUAUUUUAGCUCUGUGCUGGGGUGUAUGUCUUUCUAUGCAUGUUUACUAACUAAUCACACACAGCAGGGGGGCAGCAGUGUCUGCACACACAUAUUUGACAUUUUGUCUUUUAAGACAAGCCUUAAAAAAGCUCAAAGAUGAAAAUGUUGCUUUUUAAACUAUUAUUACGCUACUAAAGUGUACUAAAGGUCGUGAGGGUUGCACUUCCAAAGAACUUGGACACUGCUGGUCUCCUCUGUGCUGCAAUAUACAAGUGAAUUUCUAUACUAGUGUUAAAACACUACAUAGUUUAGCAGUUCUCACUCACCAAGCCAUAUUCACAAGUUUGUCUGAGAUUUAUGAGCUACAUAGUGGCAAUGUCACUAUGGACACUUAUUUUUAUUUUAUUUUUUUACUUUUGCUAUGGAGAUUUACAAUAUAGUAAACCUGCCUUUGUCUCCUGAGACUUUGUCUCUUGACACUUAUGUAUCUUUUCAGUAUGCAAGUGCAAUUUUACUCAAGACUGCCCUGAUAUGAACAAACUCUGAAAGGAUGUUGCUGAGAAUGUAGAUCUACUUUAAACCAAUAAGCAAUGAGAACUACUCACUAACAGGUGAUAUUAGUGAGUGCAGUUAGAGAUUAGAAGGAAGCAGUCAUUUUACUCUAGCUUUCAGACUGAACACAUGCUAAAAAAAAACUUGACGCAGCGCAUUGAAUUGAAUAGAACGCAGGUGUCUUUAUGUGUUUUUAAAUGUUGAAAACACUCGGUCUCGAAACACAGUUGGUUUGAAUGGCCCUUUACAGUGGUGUUGCUUUCAGAGUUGGAUUCUACACAGCAGCUUUCCUUAAAGGGUACAGGGCUACGUAACAUUUACAUAAUAUGUAGUUUAAAGUAGCAGCCAUUUUUAGCACAUACUAUCUGCAUGUGUUAAGAUGUCUUGUCGAGUUCUAUUUAUGCUCACAGAAAUGCCUUUCACCAAACUGGAACAACAAAGAAAUCGCAAGAGUUUAAUCUAUUUUUCAUAUUGGAAAGAAACAGUUUAUCUUAAGAGAAGUGCAAAUUUUAUUUUUCUAAUGCUGUGAAAUCAAUUAAAUUGGAGACAGGUGAUAGUAAUCCUGGGUGAGGCAGAUGAUCUCCUGAGAGAGAGAGAUUUUGGCUGCCGCUGCAGAGUCUUGGCUGAGAGCAGGGGCAUCCCUACACAGAGCUAAGCCCCAGUGUUGGUGAAAGGUUAUGAGUUAUUUGUCUAUGUAAGUGUAAUGGGCCAGUGGGAUCUGCUGAGUAACAGAAAGGCACUGGAGGGCAACAGUAAAAUUCAAAGACAAAGAAAUAAAUUAUUGUCUCAGACUUGAGUUGAUGGAUUUAGAGGGUAUGUUUUGGUGUUUGUUUAUGAAGCUUUUUCUUCAUAGUUGAAUAGAUGAACACCAUGAAUCUGGCUGUUGAUCCUUAUUGUAGAGGAUUCUAGUGAGGCCCUCCAGAGGCAGUUCCUGGUAUUACAUGCUAAACCCCCCUCUGGACCACACAGCUGUAACUGUGGAGCUGAGGUUAGAGGAAUAAAACAGAGUUUGGUGGAAAGAAUUCGACAUUUAUAUGUCAAGAAUAAUCUUAAAUUAGAAGCUGCAAUGCUAUUCAGAUUAGAAGGAUACCUUUUUGUUGUUGUUGUUGUUGAACAAAACCCGGCCUGGGUUCAAAAAGGUAAAAUUUUGAAAUUGAGCACUUUGUUGAGACUGAAAUCAGAAUUCUGAGUCUCUACCUUGCUUUUGGUGGCAUGCUAUUAUUAUUACAUAAAUGUCCUGAUUUUCUGUGGUCAUUAAAGACUUGUUCCUGACCAAACUAUUUUAUCUUGUCCAUUCUCCAGCCCCUAAAGCCUGCGGAUCAAUUCAUUUUUUAACAACCAUUUAGAGGCUGAUUUUAGAGGCUGAUUCUUCAGACAGUACGUGUCUUGUGUUCUCAGGUAAUUAGUAGAGUUGGCAACACCAGCAUAGAACUUUUAUUUCUAACAUCCAUCACAACUGACCUAGAUUGUGCAUUGUGUUGUGGUUGUGACAUGCAGUGUUUCUGGGGGCUGCAGUAAAAUUAGGACAAGCUAAAGGGCUAAAUGAUUUAAAUUGCAGCUGUCUGGCUGGGGACAAGCCUGAAAAAUCCUUGUGAAGCCUGAAAAUUGAAAUAGCUACAAAUAUAGAUGUAAUUAGAUAUAAGCUAUUUGCACAAAGCUAAACAUGUACCCGAAAGGUCAUGUAUUAGCAUUAUGGUGAGCCAUUGGACCUUUUUUUUUUUAUUAUAGAUUCCCAAGACUUUACCUCAAAAUCAGAAUAUCCAGUGCUAGGAAUUCAUGAUGUCUUUGCUAUCUUUAUAACUGAAAAAUAUUUCAAAUGGUUCUACUUGAAAAGUGGCAAAAGUUUUGAAAUGGCUUUUUAAGGGGUUCAACAAAGAUUUGUGAAAUUCUAAAUUUGAGUGUUGUUUGCACGGAACUACUGUAACUCCUGUUUUCUCCUGUGACUGAUGCUUUUUUCUAAUAUAUAUGUUGUAUUUAUGACUAAACGCAUUAAAAUAUUUAUAAGCUAC